GUAGUGACAAAAUAAUACAGCAAAAGAAUUGAAUAAAACAAGACACAUCUUUUAUAUGGUAUCCAGCAGAAAAACUCAGUUUGCUGUUUGGAACAUUGAUUUCCACAGAAAGAAUGGCACAUCUAUGCACCUCUCUCGUGUUGCUCUGUUUCUUCUGUUCAGUGUGGCCAAGUGAUGGGUUGAUUCACUUUACUUAUCUUGGAACAAUGUGUGAAGAAGACUGCAAGCUUGUGGGUCAUGAGUACAAGUGUAAGUCUACUGAUAAAGAUGGAAAUGAAUGGUUAAUGUACUGUUCACCUGAAAAAAACAAAGACUACUUGGGUAGAGGAUGCGGUCAGUGUGGGAAGGGUGGAGAAGGUUACUAUUAUUGCAAACCUGGUCCAUUUUCUUGGGGAUAUUGUGGCCUGAUGACAGAUAAGAAUAUCUAUUAUGGAUCUAAGACAGGAGCGAUGUGUCAUGACAACUGUUACCAAGUAGAUCACGACCACUUUUGGUGCGAUACUGCACAGGGAAAAGAUUACUGCUCACCACUUCUAUACAGAGAUUACAAGGGCAAUCAGUGUAAAGAAGACAGUCCAUGUAGGAAGCGGGGUCAAAACUAUAACCAGUGCCAGCUGGAGGAGGGAGGCUGGGGAUACUGUGGGCUUGUGGAACCAAAGAUGUUUCUCCAUCGGUCAAAGAGAGAUCAGUUUUGUUUAGAUGAAUGCCAAUAUCAUGAGAGUGGUGAUUACUACUGGUGCCACACUGACGAUAGCUGGGACUACUGCUCUCCAGAUGUGGAUGUAACAUAUAAAGACAAGCCGUGUCGCUCAGAUCACCCCUGUGGCUUACACGGUAAAGGUUACAACUGGUGCUGGACCUCAGGGUCAGAUUAUGAUUACUGUGGGCCCGUUGAUUCUGUAAAGUGUUUUUAUGUCACCUCUCAAAACCAAAACAAAGGAGACCUAAAAGACAGAAAACUGAUAUGCGCACAGGAGGACAGAGCUUACAAGAAAACAAUCACCUUUACUGUGAAGCCAGCUCCUAAUGACAUCGCUGAUGGCAGUCAAUGGAAAAGCGAGGCACAAAGCUUAAUCAGGCGCUGGGACAAUGCGUACCUGGACAAGGCCCACUCAAAUCUGAUCUACUCUGAUAAUCUCCGUAUAGACAUGGAGGGCAUUAUCAAGCUCAACAAUCAAUCCUACUAUGACCUGCGGAUCCAUGUGAAACGGGGGCCUGGUAGAAGCACCACUGUGUCUCAGAUCAUCGUGCCUCGUGGCGUUCCUGAAAACUACAUGCGCAGAGCCUUCCUGGAGAGCUUCAGGCACCAAGCUCGAGUUUUUGUUGAGGCUGAAUCAGACGUAGAGCUUAUACUUAUAAAAGUAUAUUAGACCUACUACAGAUGUAAAUCUAUAAGCUUUUUGCUGUACAACACAAAUACUGAGCAGAAUAAACAAACUCAUGAAAAAUGUC